AUGAGGACAUCAAGUUUCCAGCUUCUGGGAGCGGUUUUGCCCCUCCUGUCUCUGUCGGCAGCGAGUCCAAUCGAUAUCGACUCUGCAAAAGUCCCAAGACAUGCCACAAUUGUUCACCCAAGGAACGUUCACUCCAAUUAUACAUUCAUCAUUGCUGGCGGCGGCAUAUCCGGGCUCACCCUCGCCGACCGUCUAACCGAAGAUCCUCGAGGUACAAACGACUCCCCUAGAGAACUAUUAACCGUCCUUGUGAUUGAGGCCGGUCCUUUGGAUCGGGGUGAAGAUGGCAUCCUCGUCCCGGGAGCCUUCUCUCCUUGGCUCUACUUCUGGCCCGGUCUUGUUAGCACACCUCAAGCAGGGCUUAAUAACAGGACCGUUGAUGUUAUCACAGCGCAGGUUGUCGGUGGCGGAAGCACUAUCAACGCUAUGGUGUACUUGAGGGGUGACAAGGAUGAUUAUGAUUCAUGGGGUGCCCUCGGAAAUCCGGGCUGGAGCUGGAAUUCCAUGCUUCCCUAUUUCAUCAAGAGUGAAACUUUCACGCCCCCUAGCCCUGAACUUGCUGCGGCUGGCAACAUCACUUGGGAUGGUUCAAUUCGGGGCCGUUCUGGUCCCGUGAACUACUCAUAUCCCAACUAUUUCUUCCCGGGGAGCGAAAACUGGUGGAACGCCGCAAAUGAAGUCGGCCUUCCUCCUGUUAAGGACCCAAUGGCGGGGUCGAAGCAAGGUGUUUUCUGGAUCCCAUCUGCCAUUGAUGCCAGGACUAUGACAAGAAGCCAUGCUCGGCGCAAUCAUUACGACCGCGUCAGCUCCCGGCCAAACUACCACAUCCUGCCAUCUCACCUGGUGUCUAAGAUUUUAUUCAGGGGCAAGCAAGCCAUUGGCGUGAGCUACAUCCCGACUUCUGGCGGCAAUACUACGACCAAUGUCUACGCAAGCAAGGAGAUCAUCCUGGCUGCUGGUGGCCUGGGAACCCCGAAGAUCCUGCAACUCUCGGGUAUUGGCCCCCGGAAGCUUCUCAACGAGCUCGGCAUCCCUGUCAUUUCCGACCUCCCCGGCGUCGGGCAGAACCUGCAGGACCAGCCCACGCUGACAAUCCCGUAUACUUUCACAAACAACGUGUUUCCCAACACUGAUAGCCUCACCACGAACGCUACUUACAACGCCGAGCAGCGGGCAUUGUAUGACAGCUCGAAGCAGGGUGCUUACACCAUCGUUAACUCCUUGAGCACGAACAUUGGUGUGAUGUCCCUGCAGCGGGCGGCACCCAAAAGCUACCGGCAGAUCAUCGCCGCUGCCAGGGCGCGCAGUGCCUCGCUUUCUCUGCCUCCUGGCACCGACCCAGCCGUCAUCCGUGGCUACCAGGCACAGCGCAAUGCCAUCCUGAAGCAGUUUGAGAACCCCAACGUCGGUGUUGGCACAGUGCACUGGGGCACGGGUAGCUCGGCGUUGGUGUACCAUCUGAAGCCCCUGAGCCGCGGCACGGUCAACAUUCGCUCAACCAAUCCUCUGGACGCCCCAGAAAUCGACUACCGGACGGGCACCGAUCCCAUCGACGCGCAGGUUUACACGUCUUUGUUCCGCAAGAACCGCGAAAUUUUCAACGCGCCGUCGAUGCGCGUGCUGGGUCCCAGUGAGGCAGCACCCUUCGGCGCCAACCUGACCACCGAUGAGGAGAUUUAUGCUGUCAUGCGCGAGCUGAUCAACCCGUCGAACGCGCACCAGUGCUGCACGGCUGCCAUGAUGCCCAAGGAUAUGGGUGGUGUUGUAUCAAGUGAACAGAAGGUGUAUGGUGUUCAGGGCCUCCGUGUCGCGGAUAUCAGCUUCUGGCCCUUCCAGCUCUCAGGGUCACCCAUGGCCACAGCGUACGCGGGCGCUGAGAGGCUCGCCGAUGUCAUCAAGAAGGAGCACCGCCUGGCUGGCGCACCUAAGAGUCUAGUAGGGCGCUGCAUGCAAUGA